UGUACAAAGUGUGGCGUCCCUGACACCUGGCACCGCAACCGGCCGAAGCUAAUUACUGCCCCGGCCCCUGUAUAUAAAGCGAGGGCAGCUCAUCCCGGAACAGCAAUCACUCUGCGCGUACCCAGGCAGGAGUACCCAACAAGAAGUACCCGGGGCAAGGAGAUGGCAGACACCCUGAGGAGGCUGACCAACAGCGAGACAUGCAGACUCCUACAGGACAAGCUGGAGGACUGGUACAAGGAUUACCAUAUUAAUUCAUGUGACCACAAUCUGAACAUUUGCUGUGAACUUCUUGAGUUGAACUCCAAGAUUCAGGGCCAACUUUUCACGAUCCUCAGUGUAACAGCUCGGGAAGGUGGUCAGUAUGCUGGUGUGGAGAUUCUUAAAAGUCGUUUCCUGCCAUGGCUGGGAACCUGCUUUACCACAACGUCCUCAGGUGCCGAUACCAGCUUCUCCCUCCUUCAGGAAUCACUGGAGAGAGACAAGAAGUUAAGAGAACUGUCCUCUUCCCAAGAAAAAGAACUGCAUAAAAUGGAGACCCAGAUAGCAUCUACACGCCAAGAACUUAGCUCAGUCAGACAAGAACUGAUAGAAUCACAAAUGGAGCUUGAAGACACAAAAACAAAAUCCGCAUCUACACUUCUAGCCACUGAAGAGGAGAUUCUUCAACUUAGAGCAGAGUUGAGGUCAGCCCAGGAUAAAUUAGAAAUGAGAAAGCUGGACACUGUGGAUGAUUACGAAAGACAGAUACGUCUGCUAAAAGAUGAGAUCUCCGUUUUGUCAGCGGAGAGGAGCAUGCUUCAGAGCAGACUUUCCCGAAGCCGCUCUCCCAGCCCCUUGCGCCAUUCCAGCCGAUCAUCAAGUCCGUUCUUGCGGUGUGAGUCGCCUACCUCUGCCAGGCUGACCAACUCCUCACGUCAUGCCCGCCUCAUCUCCAGGUUUAAUGACAUCUUUGCCAAUGAUCGUUUAGAUGCCCAGAAUCUUCUCAAACGUUACAUUGACGACAUAGAGAUGGUCCAGAGGAUCAUUUUUAUUGCCACCGUGGAAUCAUUCCAUGCAGCCAAGAUGGCAUUCAGACAGUUCAAACUGCGUGUAAGGAAGUCUCUGUCUCCAUCUCACAUGGGGCCCGAAUCUCUGGAGGAUGCAGUCAUUGACUACAUAGUGCGCAACCUGGAUCUCUACGACGUCCAGUCCAGUGUUAAUGAGGUGAUCAGUGCCAUGAACGUCAAUCCUAAAAUUUCAUUCCCACCAGAAGUUGACUUUAUUCUGAUCAGUGGCUUUAUCAGGGAGGUGUGCCGCGUAGCAUUUGCCAUGCAAACUCUAGAAGCACCAUUGGACAUAGGAUUCGCUGUUGAUGGAGAGCUUUUUAAUGAAACCAAAUAUCGUCAUUCCUAUGAUUCUGAGCUCACCGCUCCUCUCGUUUACUACCACGUGUGGCCUUCUCUGAUGGAAAACGACAAUGUCAUUGUCAAAGGAGAAGCAGUGACAAAAAGAGGUGCUCUGUGGAGUCCAGGAAAAAGUAGAAGUAGGAGCUGUAGCCCCAUCCGGUCCCGCUCAGCUAGUCCAGGGCGAACCUUGGCCUCUAGAAGCCGGAGUCCAUCCCCACUUAGAAGAAGUGGAACUCCAAGAUUCUAACAGGCUGGAAGUGUGAUCUCUAUCCACCAGGAAUCAAUCUGUCAGUGGUGCUUCAUUGUUCCUCCAGAGUACCUCAGACCUUCAUUGUGAUAAUGUGAAUGGUUCUUCUAUAGACAAUGUUUUUUUUUUACUACUACUAUUAUUUAGUGUGUUACAUUUUUUGUUUUAAUUUCACACUUGUAUUUUUCUGUACAAAUGAAUGAAACCAGAUUAAUGCUGUAGUGUGUGACAUCACAGGAGUCAUCAUCACAGUAAAGUGAUAUUACUGAAUCAUAAUUAUAAUAAUAUAAUCCCUAGUGGCUGAUUGAAAACAAUGUUACCCCUAGUUGUCUUUCCCUGACCCAGAACAAAGUAAAAAAAAAAAAAUGCUGUUACAUAUUUGUCUUUUUACAACAAUGUACACAACUUAUGUUAACUUUUGGAUCCACAAACAUCUUGGACACUAAAAAAGUUUACAGAUAUUUGCAAUAUUGCUAUUAUAAUCAUGUGCAUGCAAUUUUUGGUUUGCAAAGUAGCAUUCCAAAUGUGUGUGUGUGUAAUAAAUAUAUAUAUUACAUACACAUAUAUGCAAACCCUUCUAAGUCUGGAUAGAAAGCAAUUAAAGCGAGCCAAAAGGACCAUACAUUCCCAUGCUUCAUCUCAGUUUAAGCACAUCAUUAUCUUGUUAUAUGGGCAAAUAUAACAAUGGCCACAUGUCCCCAUGCCAAAAUACCCCCCCCCAAUUAAUAUUUGAAUUAUGUGCCUUUAAAUGUCUGGUAUUUUAAUACAGAUAUCUGUGAUAUUAAAUAUAAACGGCAAGUUUGUACCCUUUAA